GGCCAGCCGCAGCUAGCUAGCAGACAACGUAAACACUGGACCAUCUUUGGGUAGAUUGGGCCAUUUUAGUAGUUUAGCUUUUGUUUCUUUGUUUCAUUCUUUCUUGCAGAACAACUACACGAUGCGAUAGUUUAGCUAACAAUCUUAUGCUCAACCAUGUUUGUAUGGAUCUGGGGAUUAACGAGGCCUUGAAGUUGCCCUGCUAACGGAUGCUCAUGAUUCAGCUGGAGAAACCGGUGCUGACUGGUACCAUGCCUGUGGUAUGGCCCACCAUCCUUGACCUGGGCAGGGAUGAGUGCAAAAGAAUUCUCCGUAAACUUGAGCUGGAGGCUUAUGCUGGGGUUAUUAGUGCCCUGCGAGCUCAAGGAGACCUGACAAAGGACAAGAAGGAUCUGCUGGGAGAACUCACUAAAAUCCUUGGUAUCUCAACAGAGCGUCAUCGUGCAGAAGUACGCAGGGCUGUCAAUGAUGAACGUCUCACCACCAUUGCAUAUCAUAUGUCAGGUCCAAAUAGCUCGUCUGAAUGGUCCAUUGAAGGACGCCGGCUUGUACCCUUGAUGCCGAGGCUGGUCCCUCAGACAGCCUUUACUGUGACUGCUAAUGCUGUGGCCAGUGCCACAGCCAAUCAGAAUGCAUCCCUUCUGUUGCCAGCUGAAACAGGAAACAAAGAAGUCGUUGUAUGUUACUCCUAUACAAGCACCACCGGCACCUCCACCAGCGCCACGGCGACCAGUGGUACCAUAGGAGCAACUGUGAAAUCACCACGACCACCCAGUCCCUCAUCCAAUGUGGUGGUGCUGCCCAGCGGGAGCACUGUCUAUGUAAAAAGUGUGAGCUGUUCAGAUGAAGACGAAAAGCCUCGCAAGCGAAGGCGAACAAACUCCUCCAGCUCAUCACCGGUGAUGCUGAAGGAAGUUUCCAAGGUGUCCCCGCCGGUAUCCAAGAACAUCACGGUGCCGGUGAGUGGCAGCCCCAAGAUGAGCAACAUCAUGCAGAGCAUCGCCAACUCCCUGCCACCCCACCUGUCCCCUGUUAAGAUCACCUUCACCAAGCCCACCAUCCAGACCACCAACACCACCACUCAGAAGGUGAUCAUCGUGACAACUUCUCCCAGCUCCAACUUUGUGCCCAACAUCCUGUCCAAGUCUCACGCUCACAACAACGCUGCUCUGUCCAAGCUGGUCUCCACCUCCAUGCUGUCCGCACCCACCCAGAAACAAACAGUGGUCUUCCCAGCCAGCGCCAGCCCUUCCUCCAACACUGUUGCAGUAACCACAGUGGUCUCCUCUACUCCUUCAGUGGUCAUGUCAACAACAUGUGCCUCAGCUGGAGUGAAGGUAGCUUCAGCCAGACUGCCUUCACCAAAGACCCUGGUGGGAUCACCAGCUCAGAUUCUGGCCCAGUUCCCGAAACAGCAGUCACCCAAACAGCUGCAGCAGAGCUCAUCUGUAGGAGUUUGUAGUGUCAGCCAGACUCAGACCACCAACACCUCACCAGGCUCCAAGCCCACCAUUCAGAUCAAACAAGAGUCCGGGGUCAAGAUAAUUACUCAGCAGGUUCAGCCAAGUAAAAUCCUGCCCAAGCCUUCAUCGGUGGCUUUGUCCAGCAGCAGCUCAUCCCCCAUCAUGGUUGUCAGUAGCAAUGGAGCCAUCAUGACCACCAAACUGGUCACUCAGCCUACAGCCACUCAGACUACCUAUACGAGACCAACUGUAAGUCCCAGCCUCGGCGCCAGAAUAUCAGCCUCCAGUGGUGGGACCACCUAUGUCAAGACCACCAGUGGCAGCAUCAUUACAGUGGUGCCCAAGUCUCUGGCUACUCUAGGCGGGAAGAUCAUCAGUAGUAACAUCGUCUCUGGCACAACAACUAAGAUCACCACCAUCCCCAUGACCUCAAAGCCAAACGUCAUUGUGGUUCAGAAAACCACAGGAAAAGGAGCAACCAUCCAAGGACUACCUGGCAAGAAUGUUGUCACCACACUUUUAAACGCUGGGUUUUCUAUGAAAUCAAGACACCACCAGCAUGGGCUCUGUGAACUUUAUAGACCAAACGACGGAUCAAUUAUGAGAGGCGAAAAGGGCCUGCAGGCUGUUCAAGGGACCAAACCAGCAAUCAUCACAGCCUCCAGGCCCAUUACCAAGAUGAUCGUUACCCAGCCUAAAGGUAUGAGCUCUGGAUCCCAGUCCACCGCCACCAAGAUCAUCCCAACCAAGAUUGUUUACGGCCAGCAGGGCAAGACACAGGUUCUCAUUAAGCCAAAGCCAGUUUUCCAGACGGCAGUGGUGAGCGAACAGACCAGGCAGCUGGUCACUGAGGCGCUGCAGCAGGUGACCCGCUCAGCAGAACUCAGUCACUCCUCAACCCAGGACACAAAGGAUGACUCAGGCAGCUUAGCCGGUGAGGCCUCCCAUGGCAGCGCUCAAGAACCUCAGCCUGUAGUGCAUGUGGUGUCCUCCAGAGAGCAGGAUUGGACAGAGCAGGAAGUAUCUGUGGAGUCCAGCCCCACUAUUAUCUACCAGGAGGUGUCUGGUGGGGAAUCCCAGUCUGCCACCUCCACCAUUAAAGCCUUGCUAGAGCUGCAACAGACAACAGUGAAAGAGAAGGGAGAGCCCAAACCCAGACAGCAUACCAUCGACCUGAGCCAGAUGGCUGUGCCCAUCCAGCUGGCGCAGGAGAAGAAACCCAGCCCAGAGUCCCCCAGGCCCUCCACCUCAGAGGCUGAACCCAGCACUGAGUACGUCACAGCAGGUAAAGUCAGCAGCAGAGUGGGAGUGCCCUCAGAGGAUGAUAACGUGGUCAUGUCCUCCAGCCAGCAGCUGGGGAAGCCUUACAAAAUCAGCAGCCAGGUCACCGUGGUAACCAAACCGGCUGCUGCCAUCUCCUCUGCAGCCGCAGCUUCACACGUCAGCCACAUGCCCUCUGACAGCCACAGUAAAACUGAGACCGUACUAGAGGUGGGCGAGCUGGAAGGCGACACCUUGGAUCCCCAAACAGGUUUAUUUUACCGCUCCAGCCAACCAGCUACAGAUCCCAUGAAGCAAACGAUCCACUCUUCAGCCACUCAGUCAUCUUCCUCGAGCCAGGCGGAGGCAGAACAGAGCCGGCACAGCUCCACCUCCAAUCAGCCACCGCCACAGCUACAGAGCAAACCUCAAAUCAGCCAGCCUUCCUCUUCCUCCACUACUCCUCUGACUAAGAAACUCCCAAAACUACGAGAACAGAGUCAGCCCAAACCCCAGGCCUUAACGCAAAUCCCCAAAGACAGACCCCUGACUGCACCAGCUCAAGCAGGGGCAAAGGUCACAACCCCGGGCACACCAACCAAACCCCUGUUAACGCCACAGCUCCCAAAGCUCCAGCAAGCACCCACAUCCCACCACAGACCGCUGCACACAGCAAUGUCCCACCCUCCUCCACUGCAGGCUCACCACCCCGUCAGCACUGAAAAGACUGCCUCCAGCCAGCAGCCAAUCAUCACACAAAGCGCCACAGUCACCAAGAUCACCUUCGGCAGCUCCCACCAUUCAACGCCAGUCUUCAGCAGUGCCGAGGCCACUGCCAAACUGAUCCCAGAGUCCAGCUCCAGGCCCUCAGGAGAUAAGUCCUCGGUGUCAGACAUCCUGAAGAUCUCCAUGAUGGAGGCGGAGAUCGAUCCCAGCAUAGAGCCAAUGGUGGUGGAUUCCUCCAGUGACUGUGGCCCUCUGGGGAAAGCCCUGGAGGUCCAGGCCGUGUCAGGCACACUGGACUCUGGCCAGUUCAUCAGCAGCUCUGGGGCCUCCAUGCAUCAUUCCCACACAAAGCCCCAGCAGUUCAGCUGCAUGCAGGGUCUCACAGCACAGAGCAGCAAAGAAGACCUGGAGGUCAUUGAGGUAAUUCCUCAGUACUCCAUCUUGCCGGACUCCAGCCAGUCCAACGUGGUGGUGGAGCCCAGCGGCUUCCUGGAGAUCACCAACUACACCAGCCAGCAGCUGGAGGAGGACAGUCCCAUGGAGCAGGAGGUGGACAGCAGCAAUGACGAGGCCACAGCAGCCAGUCCCCCUGACCAACCAUAGCCACUCCAUGCUAGAGACAUUAAUGGUUUGUGGCCUACGAGCCAGUGGACAGUACACUUUCUGGCUGUUAUUUUUAUAGUGAAAGAGCAAAAAUGUUUCCUGUAAAAUAUUAGUUUGUUCAUAGUAUUUUUUUUUGUACCCACAACUAAUGGCACAUGUGGGUUUUAUUGCCAGUGAGGAGCGCUGGAUGUGGGAGCGAAGUGAAAGGAUUAGUUGUAGCGCAGCCCAAUAGUGUUGGAAAGCAGCCUCUCCAAACAAACUGCAAGACACUUACACUUUCAUGAAUUUGAUUAUUUGGAAGUUUUGGCACUGUACCUUGUGCCAUUAUACAUCAUUUAACUUGCAUAACAGCCAGAUCAAAACACUGCAAGCCUGCGUUUAUGUUGUCCAGAGUAUUUCAAAUAUACGUUCCCUGAUUUUUGUACAAAGUGAAUCUCCUGUUGAUGGACAUCAUCUUCUGAUGACCUGAAGGUUUAACCACCAGAUGAACAGUAUUUUAAUUUGACUGAGGUGCAGCUUUGUAACAUAAAAAUCUCUUAAAACCAUUAAGGGAUUUAAGUUUUCAGAAGGGAUAUCAAAACUAGAGCAGAUUGAAUUUGCUGCAUGAACAUAAACCAGAAAAGAGUCCUGGAGGAAGGAUAACAUAUGUGUUACUGUUCAUUCUAAGUGAUGAAAUGGUUGUUUUUUAAAACAAGCAUUAAGCAAUGUACCUUUUUUGUAAGAUAUAUUCUGGAGUUCAAAAAGUUGCUGUGAGAAUUUUCGCCAAGAAUGCAUUUGCUUCUGCAUAGUGUUUGAACUAUGCAUUUCUUUUAUACCUUUUCAAACUAGAUGUCUAGUUGAGAAAAAAACAUUUAAUCUGCACAAUAAAUCCACUGAUAGAACA